UGCGCAGCGCGUUAUCAUCCUCCUCCUCCUCACUGUAGCGCGCAUCACCGACAAGCGAUCACACACAGAGCGGAUCGUCUAGCGCUCACAGCCGCACAAGAUGCGCAGGAUCCGGGCCAACGCCAUCCUCAUUCUCACAGUGGCUUGGAUCCUGGGCACCUUCUAUUACCUGUGGCAGGACAGCAAACCAUCGUCACCCUCAUCAGGUGCUCAGCAUAAGAGUCACGGGCAGAGGUUUACCUCCGGGCGACUGGAGGAGCGAACCCUGCCUCUCAUUGUGACUCCUGCACCGAAGUCGGAGCAUCAAACUCAGCUCAUGGGUUUGUUUGAUGAGAAAGCAUUUCUAUCCAGUAAACAGCUAAAAGCUGGUGAGGAUCCUUACAGAGAACAUGCCUUCAACCUGCAGGAGAGCGACAGACUGGGGAGUGAACGUGCCAUCAGAGAUACACGACACUAUAGAUGUGCCUCCAUGACCUUUGACCCUGACCUGCCACCCACCAACAUCAUCAUCACUUUUCACAAUGAGGCGCGGUCCACCCUGCUGCGCACUAUUAAAAGUGUACUAACAAAAAGCCCACCUCACUUGAUUCAAGAGAUUAUUCUCGUGGAUGACUUUAGCUCUGACCCUGAAGACUGUCAACUGCUCUCUCAGAUCCCGAAGGUACGCUGCCUGAGAAAUGAACGGCGGGAAGGUCUGAUCAGGUCUCGUGUGAGAGGAGCGUCUGCGGCAUCUGCCUCCAUCCUCACAUUCCUGGACAGUCACUGUGAGGUGAACACAGACUGGCUGCAGCCCAUGAUCCAGAGAGUCAAAGAGGAUCACACCCGAGUUGUCAGUCCGAUCAUUGAUGUCAUCAGUCUGGAUAACUUUGUCUAUAUGGCAGCAUCUGCAGACCUGAGAGGAGGAUUUGACUGGAGUUUACACUUCAAAUGGGAGCAGAUUCCCAUAGAACAGAAAAUGGCAAGAAAUGACCCUACACAACCAAUCAGGACUCCAGUAAUUGCUGGUGGAAUCUUUGUAAUAGAUAAAAGCAGGUUUAAUUACCUGGGCCAGUAUGACACUCACAUGGAUAUAUGGGGUGGAGAGAACUUUGAGUUGUCGUUCAGAGUGUGGAUGUGUGGUGGCAGUCUGGAGAUCCUGCCGUGCAGUCGUGUCGGACACGUCUUCAGAAAACGCCACCCCUAUGACUUUCCAGAAGGCAAUGCUCUCACAUACAUCAGGAACACACGGCGAGCUGCUGAAGUAUGGAUGGAUGAGUAUAAACAGUAUUAUUACUCUGCAAGACCGUCAGCACAGGGCAAGGCCUUUGGGAGUAUUGCGGAUCGUCUUGCACUGAGGCGGAAGUUGAACUGUAACUCUUUCCGCUGGUAUCUUGAGAAUGUGUACCCUGAACUCAAAAUUCCCGAGCAGGAAGUGGUCUACAGUCUACUGAAACAGGGUGAGUUCUGUCUGGAGAGCCACAGCACAGACGGUCUGGGUUUGGCUGAGUGUAAGAGAGCACCAAACUUACCUGCCUCACAGAAGUGGACACUAAUUGAACCACAGAUCCGCCAGCAUGACCUGUGUUUGGCCAUCACAGCCUUUACUGCGGGGUCAAAGGUCAGGCUAGAGCCCUGCAAUGUUAAAGAGUCCAGACAGAAAUGGAAACCCAGAGGUCCAGCAUUGCAGCAUAUGAUCAGUGGCUUGUGUCUGGAUAGCCAGUCCGCUUCAGGCCCACCUGUGAUCACACAGUGCCGCCCACAGAUGGCCAGCCAAUCCUGGGAGCCGCAGCUGGUCACCUGAUUUGGAGAGCGUAAGGGGGAGGAGGGGAAAUGGGCAGAGUUUAGCGGUGCUCUUGGACCCAGAGGAAAAUGUUUGCACACUGGUUUAGUUGAAGGCGCUGCUUUCAAAAGAAUCGAUCAUGGCCAUGUCCGAAACAUCUGACCUCAUAUAUAUAUAUACUGUGGAAUAGCUGGAGAGGAAAAGAGCAACCAUUUUGCUGCCAAAUUGUAGCUUAAAUGGCUGCAUUCCUAGCUUUCAUGUUUUCCGACAUGGCCAUGGAGUUCACAAGGCAUGGUUUUGUCAUUUGACGGGAUUGCUUGGGAAGAUUCUUGGGUUAUUUUUUGAAUGUUAGGAUGAGGUCUCAAAAGUGAGAGAAUAGAUCUGUAUAUAAAUGCCUUUUACUACCUUUCACACCAGCCUGAGAAUCAUAAACCUGUAUAUUCCCUCAUUCCCACCAAUACUGUGGCAUCUGCAGCAUAAUCCUAAAUAGCUGUUCUCAUGAUGGUCAGAAUAGUUCUUUUAAUUCCAUCACUAUGGAAGUAUUUCUGGUUGAUUUGUUCAGUAUUAGAUUGGGAUAUAGUGCAAUGGCUUGAGAUGAAUCUGCAUCAUAGAGGCUGACAUUUAACACCAGCAAGGCUUUAAGACUUUGAGAGAUUUAUUUCAAACAACAGUGUAAGAUUACUACAGCAGGAUUAUUUUUGGAGUUUGCAAAAAGUACCGAGCUGGUGUGGCACUGAAAAUAUCCACUGUAGGCUAACAUGGCAAAGAAAUAACCAAAUAAAAUAUUAUUCCAGAUGGUACUGUACAUCAGCCCAGUGACAAACAUAAGGCAUUUGUAAACAUGUUAAGCCCAAAGACUCUUCUUUUUGUUUGCCUUUUGAAACUUUGUAUUUACUUGAAAUAAGAAAUAAUAUAUAUAUAUAUUUCUUUUUAUUUUAAACAUGUGGUAGGAUAAAGUUAUGUUGUUUGAAAAAAUAAAGACAAUACCAAUAACAAA